UGUCCCCACACCACUUAAGAGCACCUCAUUCAUGGCUUCUCCCCAACUCACUCACCACUUUCUGCAUUUUCCAGUGCUCACUUUGCUGUAAACUACAGUUAUUUCUUAGCUGAAAAUUCAAGAUUUGCUAUUAAUUCUUGACCCUUUUGGCCCUUCUUGGAUUUGCUUUUAUUUUUGGAUUCUCUUUUUGGGUCUUGAAGCAAAGGAAGGCAUAAAAUGAGAGGAGGGGUCAGUGGAAGUUUCAAACUUGAGCUUCUGGUUGUAUUUAUACUGCUGCUUUGCUUCCAAGACUCCAGUUGCAGCGCGGGCUCUCUAAUCAAGGACAUAAAGGAGGAUGAACUUUUGCCAGAGAUCUCCCCCAAUGCUGCUCCACAGCCCCUUCUUCCCCUUUUUGCACCUUCUCCAUUGGCACCUUUCACAAACAGCACUUUACCCAAAUUAUCCGGACUCUGUACACUGAACUUUGAUGCUGUGAAAAGUAUGAUGGCCGUGACAUCAAUAGAUUGUGUAGCACCAUUUGCACAGUAUCUGGCUAAUGUCAUGUGUUGCCCUCAACUGGAAACAACUCUUGUUAUUCUUAUUGGGCAGUCUAGUAAAAAAACAAAUAUGCUUGCAUUAAAUGGGACCCUUGCAAAGCAUUGCCUUUCAGAUUUUCAGCAACUUUUGGUGAGCCAGGGUGCCAAUGAUACUUUGCAGCAUAUAUGCUCUCUCCAUCCGGCAAAUCUUACCGAAGGUUCUUGCCCAGUCAAAGAUGUUCGUGAGUUUGAGACGACUGUGGACUCGUCUAGCCUACUUGCUGCCUGUGGCAAGAUCGAUCUUGUGAAUGAAUGCUGUGAGCAAACUUGCCAAAAUGCUAUAUCAGAAGCUGCUAAAAAACUUGCACUUAAAGCAUAUGAUCUUUUAAGCAUGGAUGGAUCUCAUGUGCUGGCUGAUCACACGACCAGAGUUAACGACUGUAAAAGGAUUGUACACCGAUGGUUGGCAAGUAAACUUGACCCUGCUGGAGCAAAAGAUGUUCUUAGAGGACUUUCUAAUUGCAAAAACAAUAAAGUGUGCCCUCUGGCUUUUCCUGGCAUGAAAAAUAUUACAAAGGCUUGUGGGGAUGGGAUGAAUAACCAAACAACAUGCUGUAAUACUGUUGAGAGGUAUGUCUCUCACUUACAAAGGCAGAGCUUUGUCACCAACUUGCAAGCUUUGGAUUGUGCUGCCUCACUUGGACUUAAGCUACAGAAAGCCAAUGUUAGCAAAAAUGUCUACAAUCUUUGUCACAUUAGCCUCAAGGAUUUUUCCGUACAAGUUGCACCAGAAGUUUCGGGGUGUCUUUUGCCUAGUUUACCGUCGGAUGCAAUACUGGACCAAAGUACGGGGAUCAGCUUUGUUUGCGAUUUAAAUGACAACAUUCCGGCUCCUUGGCCAUCUAUGUCUCAGUUACCAGCUUCAUCAUGCAAUAAGUCUGUGAGAAUUCCUGCACUUCCUGCUGUAGCAUCGGGGCAAAUCAGUAAAGGAUUGAAUAUGUGGUCACAUAUGCUACUGAUGGCGUCGAUGAUAUUGGGAAUCUGCUGUAUAUCUAAUGCUGCCAUUCUUGCUUACUAGCUGUAUUUUGUGGAAGCACAUUUUGACCAGAAAGAAAAUUGUCCAAAAUUACAGUUCUAUGAAGGUCUCUGAUUGACAUCAAAACUUAAAAUGUACAGAUGCAGGAAAAUCAUGCACCUGAGUGAAAAUCCAACUCAGAGAUGAUACCAAGAUCAACUUCGCGACGAAAUUUUUAUUCCCUUUCUUUGGGCAAUAAGAAAGUUUUGUGAAAAAUAUUACACUGUAGGUUCAGUUUCAUGUAAUUAUUUCCACUUGACAAACUUUGCCUUUAUGUAUUUGGAAUUCCUGAGAAAGCAUUAUGUUAACCAAUGCAUUGGGCAGGUUUCUAUGAGUUAGUUUUUAAGGUUGCAAUGGUCUUUUCCAUA